AACACGGAGCGCGGGGAAGGAAGUCGCGUUCCCUCUCGAGUAAGCCGGAGCGCCGAGCCGCGCCGACUCCGCCGUGCCGGGAGCCGGGAGCCUGGAGGCGGGAGGCGCGCAGCUCCCGGGCCGCUCGCAGGCUCCUCGGCCAGGGCAGCCCCGCGAGCAUGCUUUAGAGAGGACGGCGCCCCCUUGGCUCCUGGUCUACCCAAACAGACCCCUCUCACCCCGCGCGCCGAAACCCCAUCCCCUCCAGAUGCAGAGAGAGGCUGCGUUCAGACUGGGGCACUGCCAUCCCCUCCGCAUCAUGGGGUCUGUGGACCAAGAUCCUCCCAUCAGUCUGGUUCAACCAAAUGCUACCUUCCCAGAGAGGCCCUACCUGACCACCGAAGUGACCAAAGCCUCGUGAACCCCCAGCCUUUACCCUAUAUCUCUGAAGAACCGAAUGCACAUAAGGUCGCCAGCCCACCCUCCGGACUCGCAUACCCCGAUGAUGUCCUGGACUAUGGCCUCAAGCCAUACAGCCCCCUAGCCAGUCUCUCUGGCGAGCCCCCCCGCCGGUUGGGAGAGCCGGAUAGGGUAGGGCCCCAGAACUUUCUGUGCCCUGCCAAGCCAGCGGGGGCCUCGGGCCUGAGCCCUCGGAUCGAGAUCACUCCAUCCCACGAACUGAUGCAGGCAGGGGGGCCCUUCCGCGUGAGAGACACUGGCCUGGUCGAGCAGCCGCCCCUGCCGGGGGUGGCCGCCAGCCCGAGGUUCACGCUGCCUGUGCCCGGCUUCGAGGGCUACCGCGAGCCGCUUUGCUUGAGCCCCGCUAGCAGCGGCUCCUCUGCCAGCUUCAUUUCCGACACCUUCUCCCCCUACACCUCGCCCUGCGUCUCGCCCAAUAACGGCGGGCCCGACGACCUGUGUCCCCAGUUUCAAAACAUCCCUGCUCAUUAUUCCCCCAGAACCUCGCCAAUAAUGUCACCUCGAACCGGCCUCGCUGAGGACAGCUGCCUGGGCCGCCACUCGCCCGUGCCCCGUCCGGCCUCCCGCUCCUCGUCGCCUGGUACCAAGCGGAGGCAUUCGUGCGCUGGGGCCUUGGUUGCCCCGCUGCCCGGAGCCUCACCCCAGCGCUCGCGGAGCCCCUCGCCGCAGCCCCGGGACGACGGCGCCCCUGCCGGGUACGCCCCCGCGGCUGGCUCUGCCGUCCUCAUGGAUGCCCUGAACAGCCUCGCUGCCGACUCGCCCUGUGGGAUACCCCCCAAGAUGUGGAAGACCAGCCCCGACCCGUCGCCGGUGUCCACCGCCCCGUCCAAGGCUGGCCUGCCCCGCCACAUCUACCCAGCCGUGGAGUUCCUGGGGCCCUGCGAGCAGGAGGAGAGGAGGAACUCGGCCCCCGAGUCCAUCUUGCUGGUGCCACCAACUUGGCCCAAGCAGCUGGUGCCCGCCAUUCCCAUCUGCAGCAUCCCAGUGACUGCAUCCCUCCCACCACUUGAGUGGCCACUCUCUCACCAGUCAGGCUCCUAUGAGCUGAGGAUCGAGGUGCAGCCCAAGCCACAUCACCGAGCGCACUACGAGACAGAAGGCAGCCGAGGGGCUGUCAAAGCUCCGACCGGCGGCCACCCUGUGGUUCAGCUCCAUGGCUACAUGGAAAACAAGCCGCUGGGGCUUCAGAUCUUCAUUGGGACGGCCGACGAGCGGAUCCUUAAGCCCCAUGCCUUCUACCAGGUACACCGGAUCACGGGGAAAACCGUCACCACCACCAGCUACGAGAAGAUCGUGGGCAACACCAAAGUCCUGGAGAUUCCGCUGGAGCCAAAAAACAACAUGAGGGCAACCAUUGACUGUGCGGGGAUCCUGAAGCUUCGGAAUGCGGACAUUGAGCUGCGGAAAGGCGAGACGGACAUCGGGAGGAAGAACACGCGGGUGAGGCUGGUGUUCCGAGUGCACAUUCCAGAGUCCAGCGGAAGGGUCGUCUCCUUGCAGACAGCAUCUAACCCCAUCGAGUGCUCCCAGCGAUCCGCCCAUGAGCUGCCCAUGGUGGAAAGACAAGACAUCGACAGCUGCCUGGUCUACGGGGGCCAGCAGAUGAUUCUCACGGGACAGAACUUCACGGCCGAGUCCAAAGUCGUGUUUACCGAGAAGACCACAGAUGGGCAGCAGAUUUGGGAGAUGGAGGCCACGGUGGAUAAAGACAAGAGCCAGCCUAACAUGCUUUUCGUUGAGAUCCCUGAGUAUCGGAACAAGCACAUUCGGACAUCAGUGAAGGUGAACUUCUACGUCAUUAACGGGAAAAGAAAACGAAGUCAGCCGCAGCACUUUACCUACCACCCAGUCCCAGCCAUCAAGACGGAGCCCACCGAUGAAUACGACCCCACCUUGAUCUGCAGCCCUGCCCACGGGGGCCUGGGGAGCCAGCCUUACUACCCACAGCACCCAAUGGUGGCCGAGUCCCCCUCCUGCCUCGUGGCCACCAUGGCUCCCUGCCAGCAAUUCCGCUCAGGGCUCUCAUCCCCCGACGCCCGCUACCAGCAGCAGAACCCAGCGGCCGUCCUCUACCAGCGCAGCAAGAGCCUGAGCCCCAGCCUGCUGGGCUACCAGCAGCCGGCCCUCAUGGCCGCCCCCCUGUCCCUCGCGGAUGCCCACCGCUCCGUGCUAGUGCACGCUGGCUCCCAGGGCCAGAGCUCGGCCCUGCUCCACUCCAGUCCAGCCAACCAGCAGGCCUCACCGGUGAUCCACUACUCGCCCACCAAUCAGCAGCUGCGCUGCGGAAGCCACCAGGAGUUCCAGCACAUCGUGUACUGCGAGAACUUCGCGCCCGGCACCACCAGGCCCGGCCCACCGCCUGUCAGUCAAGGUCAGAGGCUGAGCCCGGGCUCCUACCCCACGGUCAUUCAGCAGCAGAAUGCCACAAGCCAAAGAGCCGCCAAAAACGGACCUCCGGUCAGUGACCAAAAGGAAGUAUUACCCGCGGGCGUGACAAUUAAACAGGAGCAGAACUUGGACCAGACCUACUUGGAUGACGUUAAUGAAAUUAUCAGGAAGGAGUUUUCAGGACCUCCUGCCCGAAAUCAGACGUAGAAGAAAGCCAUUAGCAAGACACCGUCCACGUUGCUAACGCCGGAGCCUCCCACCGUCCUCCCCGGUACCCACCCCACCCGGAGGCUGAGCGCGGGACCACGUGCCGGCCGAAAGCUAACCCUCCAUUCCGGAGCUCGCCUCCUCUCUGUGCAUUCUGAGUCUUCUUCUAAAUCCCAAAGAGCGUCUCGGUUGACUUCCAGGUGUCCCCUCCAGACCUUAAGUGCCUGCUGACCCCAAAUACAUCCUGAAACAGACCGCCCGCUGGAAUGCGCCUGAGAGCUGAGAGCCUGCAGCCGGGGACUCGGGGGACGGAAGAUGGGGAUGCAGUUAAACCCCAGCCCUUGCCUUCACUUUUUUGGGUCAAAGAUACAGCUCUUGUACCUUUUGAAGGAAAGGAGCUCUCCAACAGAGCAACCAAAGGAACGUGACCCAGCUUACAGGCUGAAGAAAAACAAGCCGGCCCAUCUUCCCUAGGGAUUGCCCGUCCACACCAGGGAUGGGCCAGAGCUCAAGCUUGAUUUUUCAGUGUUCUGCUUCUGAAUCAAAAACAGUCUGGCUCAUACAAGAUCACCUGUUAAAGCUUCUCGGCAUUAUGACAUGUGUACACUUUUGUUUCUUCUCCACUUUCAAAAAGCUGGCCGGGGUGGCGGUGGGGGGGCGCCUCUUGGCUAGCUGCCCUUACCCCCUGCAGCACGCGGUCACGGACUAGAGGAGGUCACCCGGGCUGCCGGGUGAGCACGCAUCCGCUGCAGCCGGACAAGCUUCGCGGCUUUUUGAUGUUCCCGCUUUCUUUCCUCUAACAGCCCAAGUGCUUUUCCAGAAAGUACAGUAGUUAAGAAAAAUCUCAAGCAUGUGCAUUGAAUUUUGAGAAGGAAUGGCAGAAGGGCUAAAGCAACCAAAAAAGAAACAAGAAAAAAGUGCAGGUAUUUUUGUUAAGUAAAACGGUUGCAGAGUAUGGCAGCUGGCAGGCCUAAGUGCUUCAGUGGGUGGGCGCCCCCAUGAUAGAGGAAAAAGGCUGAAUUCCCUCUCUGGCCUAGACUCAAAGUGGGAUACUCAAGCUCACGAUUUGGCCCCAAAGUUCAUUGGUUAUUUUUAACAGAACCCAUUGAAACCCGCCCCCCGCCCCAGUCCCAAAGACGCCUCUGCAUGAGCUGCUUCAUCCAGCACAAAUGUGAUCUGAAUAGAAGCAGAUCCUCUCCCACACAGCCCUUAGUUUGAAUGUGCUCUGCUCAGACCACUCGUAUGGAGUGUGCAACUGAGCUCCGAGUGUUUCUCUCCUCUGGGUGCACCCACAGGCUGCCAAAGUCUUCCUCCUUUGGGGCAAUUUUUGCAAACAAAUAAAACCGUCCAAGUUCUUGGCAGGUGAGCUUUAAAUCACACAGAUGUGUUUGUUGACAUUCAUUGCAGACACCCCAGGACAAACUGGGGAUUCCUUUUUGGCCAUUUAAUUGCUUCCCUGUACUCAAACACAGAGUGUCAAUAUUCCUGGCACUCUUCAAAAGGCUGUACUCAGGCCUUCUGCCUAGCAGAGUUGAUUGGAAAAAUCACUCUACGAAGAGAACCGUGGCAGUUAAGGGCCCACUGUGGGUUUUCUAAGUCCUGGCUUUGUCAUCAAAACCUUUCUGAGAGCUGGGCCAGGAACUCCAGACCUGUGACCCCAGCCUGGUGUGUUUGGGGCUCCAGAGAGAGGACAGAAUGCAGCACAUGUCUGUACCCUUUUGGUCAGGACCUAGCAUUUCUUCCCUCCCACCCCGCCAAGGACAGGGGACUUUUCCACCCACCCCAAGCAGAGUUUAGCAAAAUUCUUUUCAACAACUAGAAUGCCAGUAAGAAGUUGACCGCCAUCGCAAAGCUUCUGGGAUGCAAAAUUCUUCCUCAAUAAAGCGUUCCUCAUCUAAGCAGCUUUACCUAAAGAACUUUCUCUCCAGCAAUAUUGAGUUCAUGGGGGAAGGGUUCAAGCGUUUGGUUUGCGAUUUGUUGUCACUUGACCUGGCUGGGAGCCAUUUUUUGCACAUGAGGGAAUUUGGCCUUUCCUCAGUUAUCUGAAUGUUUUACCCAAGUGCCUUCCUGCUAUUGUAGCAGUCGCUCAGCUGCAUUGUGCAUGGGGUGAAAAAGGACUAAUGCUUUUUCCAUCACUAUUCUAACCAUGUUAGUGCAAAGGGCCUCCUAGUAGUUCAAAUUCCUGUAUGUAUAGAUGUACGUGUGUGUGUGUAUAAGACACUCACGACUCUUUUUCUAAGACAUCCUAGCUGGGUAUUAUAGGAAGCACUUUCAUAAACAACUAUACCAAAUAGCAAAGGAAAGAAACAAAACAUUAGUUUUGAGACAUAAACAGGCAAGAGAAUGUGUAGUAAGACUCGACAGCAGUCAAGAAAGUUUUGUCAGAUACAGAUGCCAGGAGGAAGUUUUGCCAAGAGUAGACUGCUCAUGAAAUAUUUUCAGUAUGGGAAGAGGCAAUAGGUCCUCGAAGAGAAAGAAAAAGGAUGUCUAAACCGUCAAGAUGGGUGUGUUGCACGUGUGUUAGAAGGAUCUGUUAGGUGGAGGUUUGUACUUGCUACAACCAAGGUAAUGUAAAUAUAUAGCACUUCCAACAGCAAUCUGCCCUGUUGCUGAAUGUAGUAUAUUUCCAAAGUUUGAGUCUUCCUGUAUUGUACAAAAAUACUGCUGCUUGAUAAUAUAUAAUAGCAACUCAAAUUAAUGAGUAUGGUAUUAAAUUUUAUUUUCUUAUCUGUAUUUUUAUGCUUUUUAUCUGUCCUCAAAAUAUCGCAUCCUUGUUGGAAUUAGAAAAUAUUUAUAAGUGGUCAGAAAUCUUUUUCAAGUGUCUCUUUUUACGUAUACAUUGAGGAUUUUUUCUCCCUAAGAGAAGGGAUGUAUUCUUGAAGAUUUGUUCAUUGUUCCAGGAAAAAAAACAAAACCCAAAACAAAAGCCCACCUCAGAGCCUGUUAGUCACCUGUCUGCUAGAAGAAACCAUCUCCAGAGAAAGGGGGAAUGGCUCCGUGGAAGAAGGAAGCACCUGUUUGUUGCUUGAGGAUGCUGCUGACUUCAGCUCUGAGCCUCCAUCUUGUCACUGAGAACUGGAAAUUGUUUAGCUCCCUCCAAUAAGGGACCUAGUAGUUGAUUUUGAUGUAACAAAACUGCCUGUGUUGUAAUGGGGAGUCUAAAAAAGACACAGGAGUAAUGGGGAGUUCCUAGAACAGAAGUGCGGGCUAAUGUUUACAGAGCUAACUGAAUCCUGGUAGAUAAACCCCCGUACACGUUACCCAAAGGACAUCCAGAGUUUUCCAGCAAAGACACAGACUAGAUGAAUCAAGUCGAUUCUUUCUAAGAACUGGGAAGCACUGAUGUAGCCUUUCUUGUUUACAUCCAGUGGCCAAGCCAUCCCUCUCAGGAAGCCAGCCUUGGCCAGUGCGGGAGCUGUCAUGUGUAGACAGAUCGGAAGCUGAUGUGUUCUCAUUUCUCACUCUGGACUAAAGGGGAGGCUUGAGUUUAUUUUCAUGUCAAACCCUUUCCAAGACCUUCUUAUUUGUUCAGAAUUGAAAGAAUGUCAGGGGUCUGGUUAACAACUUUGUUUGCUUUACGUUUACAAGUGGCACAGGGGUUGUGACAUUCUUGACGAGUCGGGGUAAACCUUCCUGAACUCACUUUUGGAGGGCCAGGCCCUUAGCAGCUACCCAACAUAUCUUAACCUUGGAUCUCCCAAGCUUGGGUCUCGGGCAUUAAAUCUCAUGGAGCCAAACCAGCCAAUGCAAGUGGUUUUCCUGCAUUCCAGCUAAAUGCUUACGAAAAAGAAGCAUCACAUUAAACUGAUCACAAACAUCAAUUUCUCUCAGCUUUCAUGAGUGCCUUGAGUUAUAGCCAACAUCACUGUCUUAACUCAGUUUGUUUAGAAACAUAUGUUUCGGGUGAUUGUUCAGUUAGCAGUGGCUCCAUAAGCCAGCCAUUCUGAAAGUGAACUGGCGUGUUGGGUGCUGGAAGAAAGGUUUAACACCCUGCCUUUAUGCAGCUGUUGGCCAAUUAGAAUAAACUCCACCUGCCUAGUUCAGGCUUUGGAUGCAAAUGAUGCUGUUCUAUUAGCAGGUACUUUCAGCACUCUGAUUGGCCCGAACGGAUGGAUGCUGUGGUUGGGACAAGCUUAGCAUCCUGACACACCUUGUCAAAGAAACUCACUCGCCCCUGUUGCCUCUACAGCCCUCAGAGGGGAGAAAAUGUUGGGAAUGUCCUCGCUAAUUCUCCAACAAAUAGAAGUCUCUCCCACGGGGUGGUACUGGAAGGCUUAGGUUUUGAAAAUCUUGACUGUUACAAGGAGUUUGAAUACAUCACAUUCCUAUGCAAAACGUUUUUAACCUUCAGUUUAAUGUAGUUUAUUUUUGCUAUAUGUAAAGUAUUUUUAUACGGCUUGUAUCAUGAUAGUUUAGCAAUAAAACAGUU